AUGCGGACCCGUCCGCGGGGCGGGGCCGCGCGGGGAGGAGGGUCGGGGACGAAAGCGCGAAGCACGGACCCCGCCCCUUCGCGGCCCCGCUGGUGACGUCGCGGGGGGCGCCGGCCUCCGCCCGGCCCGGAGUGCAGGCUCUCCCUGGAGGCUCAGCCCCCUCUGCUCCCCAUGGGCAACUGCCAGGCAGGGCACAACCUGCACCUGUGUCUGGCCCACCACCCACCUCUGGUCUGUGCCACCUUGAUCCUGCUGCUCCUUGGCCUCUCCGGCCUGGGCCUUGGCAGCUUCCUCCUCACCCACAGGACUGGCCUGCGCAGCCCUGACAUCCCUCAGGAUUGGGUCUCUUUUUUGAGAUCUUUUGGCCAGCUGACUCUGUGUCCCAGGAAUGGGACAGUCACAGGGAAGUGGCGAGGGUCUCACGUCGUGGGCUUACUGACCACCUUGAACUUCGGAGACGGUCCAGACAGGAACAAGACCCGGAUAUUCCAGGCUACGGUCCUCGGUAGUCAAAUGGGAUUGAAAGGAUCUUCUGCAGGACAACUGGUCCUUAUCACAGCCAGGGUGACCACAGAAAGGACUGCAGGAACCUGCCUGUAUUUUAGUGCUGUUCCAGGAAUCCUACCCUCCAGUCAGCCACCCAUAUCCUGCUCAGAGGAGGGGGCUGGAAAUGCCACCCUGAGCCCUAGAAUGGGUGAGGAGUGUGUUAGUGUCUGGAGCCACGAAGGCCUUGUGCUGACCAAGCUGCUGACCUCGGAGGAGCUGGCUCUGUGUGGCUCCAGGCUGCUGGUCUUGGGCUCCUUCCUGCUUCUCUUCUGUGGCCUUCUCUGCUGUGUCACUGCUAUGUGCUUCCACCCGCGCCGGGAGUCCUACUGGUCUAGAACCCGGCUCUGAGGGCACUGGCCUAGUUCCCGACUUGUUUCUCAGGUGUGAAUCAACUUCUUGGGCCUUGGCUCUGAGUUGGAAAAGGUUUUAGAAAAAGCGAAGAGCUGGAAUGUGGGGGAAAAUAAAAAGCUUUUUUGCCCAG